UGAGAAAUUAACCAAGCUACACGAAUACACGAUCCAUUUAUCAUCAUCGGCGGCAGGAAAACAAAAACACACACACACCCUUUUCUGUUUAAUCAAUUCAAUCAUGGUGUCCGUCCAAUCCAUGAAAAAAUUGCCAUCGGAAGAAGACGCUUUAGCUUUCAUUUCCGAAAUCAAACAAGCCACUUAUGAUCAUCCAAAUCAAGAAACAAACAACAAGUUCGAUCAAUUCGCAGGAGCUCUUCUGGCUUUCGAAGAACAGAGGAUCACCCCAGAAUGUUUAAUCCUGAAAUUGAAGAGUUUAUUCCAAGGCCAUAACGAUUUACUUCGUGGGUUGAAGUUUUUCUGCCCCAAUUCUCGAAACCCGGCCGUAACCCGAAUUACCCUGAAGAUCCGAAGAAGCUCUGAAUCUGAAGCUUACCAGAGAGAACUAUGCCACAGGUUCUUGAACGAAGUCAAGGAAAGAUUUCAGGAUAAACCCAGAAAUUAUUACAAAGACUUCUUGGACGCAUUGAUUAAUUACAGGAAUCAAACGUUGGAUAUCGACGAAUUUUGUCAGAAAAUCGUGGAACUGUUGUUCGGGCACGCGGAUCUGUUACACAAAUUUCAGAGCUAUUUCGACGAUCGGGAUGAAAAAUUCCGACAAGAAGUCGAUCGACACUGUGGGUUUGCGAUUGAUGAUCGUCUGGUGGAGAUUGAAGCGAGUUUAGGCAAUUUGAGGACUUCAAUUGGUUUGAUUGAGAAGGCAUCAAGAAGAAAGAAGCUUUCGAAGGUGGGUAGAUUGGUCGAACGAGAAUUUCAGGGGAUUAAAGUUUUGGGGAUUAAGAAAACGUUCCCGGAAAGGAGUUAUCAGGAUGUGAUUCAAGCUCUGAAACGGGAUCCAUUUAGAGUUUUGCCUAUGGUUUUGGAUGAAUUAAGAGAAAAAGAGAGAGAAGUUUUGAUGGUUCGAUCUUCUGCUCUGAAGUUCUUGGGAGAAAUUCAUAGCCUGCAUCGUACGUUGGAUUCCAAGAAAAGGGGAAGAGACCAGAUGGAUUCUUUUAUAUAUUUUUAA